AUGACAUUCCUUGAAACCGAAAUGUCGCGUUGCAUUCCGAAAAGUUUUGGAAAAACUCCUACGCCAAGUUUCGGCGUCUCAAACAAUUCGAACAAUUCGAACAACUCAAACAACUCGAACAACUCAAACAACUCGAACUAUUCUAACAAUACUAAUUUCGAAAACAGUACAAAAUCUUUCAAAACGAAGAGCUUUGGUCCUCCUGCUCCUUUUUCAGGCUCUCCGGCUCCAAAGCGUUCGAUUUUCAAAUACGCAGUCACUAUCAAGUAUACAUUUACGAAACGAAAUGGUACUCAAGAAUCGCUCGACUUUUCAAAAUCAAUAAAAAACGGAUCACUGCUGGAACAUGACAAGAAUAGAUGUAAACGUGUCUACAAAGUGGCAGUGAAAAUUUACGAAGAACGUCUUCAAGGCGGACCAUUCUACUACGACUGCCAGUCUACACUCUACAGUUCAACAAAACUUUCGAACGAGGAUAUCCACUGCGUCAUCUUCGACGGAGUCUCCAAACGUCCAAAUUUCGUCAAAGCAGAAUUCAUUUUCGAGAGACAAAACGAGCCAACAGAGAUCCCACUAAACCAGUUCCCCCAAGAAAUCGCGAAUUCGACUCCGUCGGAGCACUUCAAAACCAAUACCGGUACUCAUUAUCUUCUUAACCGAAAACCGGCUAGAAAUCUUUGA